AUGGACAAUGCACCAUUGCCUGCCAAGUCCCUUAUUAUUAUCGAUAAUGCACCAUUGCCUGCCAAGUCCCUUAUUAUCAUGGACAAUGCAACACUGCCUGCCAAGUCCCUUAUUAUCAUGGACAAUGCAACACUGCCUGCCAAGUCCUUUAUUAUCAUUGGCAAUGCACCAUUGCCUGCCCAGCCCCUUAUUAUCAAGGACAAUGCACCAUUGCCUGCCCAGUCCCUUAUUAUCAUGGACAAUGCACCAUUGCCUGCCCAGUCCCUUAUUAUGACGGACAAUGCACCAUUGCCUGCACAGUCCCUUAUUAUCAUGGACAAUGCACCAUUGCCUUCCAAGUCCCUUAUUAUCACGGACAAUGCACCAUUGCCUGCUAGUCCCUUAUUAUGA